CCCCCCCCAAUGGAACUGAAGCAGCAAUGUAAAAAUUAAAGGAAAAUGAUAAAAAGUUUCUCCAUAAUAAAUUAAGAAAAUUUAGAAAGGCCUCUUCACAUGAAAAGUAAAGAAUUUUAGAAAUUAAGGGUGGACAAAGCAGAGCAUGGUACGUUUUACCAGCCAGCACCAGUAAACGUGCGGAAAGCGGUACAGUUGGCCAACUCUUCUGCGACCGAGCUGGAAGUGAACGCGCUACUCAAAAAUCACGUGUCCUUGGCAGACACCAACUCUGUGUCGCGUUUCCCCAGCAGCGUGAGAGCGGUUUUGUUGUGCUCAGGAGCUCCUGACUGGGUGCAGAGCAUCUAGCGUUGCUCUUUGCUGGGCUGGCUCUGGAGAAGGUUGGGUGGGAGCAGGGAUUACGUGUCUGAAAUUAAACAGACGCUGCUGGGAAAGGAAUGGAACCUUUAAUAAUUAAACGGUCACUGAGUACCUCCCCCGAUUGCAAGACCUUAUUUUUGCUGGCACUUAAAAAUAGACCACAGCAUUUGGAUGCAUAAGGUGCAUUUUUUAAACAGUAGUUCUGUUACCAAAUGUAGAAAGUGUGUCCAGAGGGCUUUGAGCACUCGACUAGCGCAUUCCAAGCCUAAUGAUUCAUGCUUGCGAUUUAAAACUGAGACUGCAGGUUUGAAGUUCAGUUGCACAUUAGUCUUUCUUGUAAAUGCUUUGCUGUAUUGUUUUUUAAAACUUGAGGGAUGGGCUUGAGGUAGUAAUGACAAGUAAUUAAAUGGGGUCACUGGAUUUGAUGCUUAUUUGAGCUGACAGAGCAGAAUGGUGUUGCAUAGCUGGCAGAUUAGCAGUUCUCUAGUAGAUAAUAAUUCUCUAGGGAUUUAUACCUGCUGGUAGCUGCUUCUUUUAUUUACCUAACAUGGAUUCUGGGUGAAUUUAGACAGGUGGGGGAGUCUGGUACUGAUGUCCAACCUCCUACAAACCAACAAUCAUAAGAUUCUUGUCUAAGCUAAUAACACAGGCUUUAUGGCACUGCCUGCAUCACAAGAAGUCCAGCUAUUGAGAUGCCUUUAUAUGAGUUCCUCUGUCGUGAGCUGGUUGAUCACCAGUUCUUGUUCCUUUCCCCAUGGAAAGUAGGUAAACUCAGGGCAGGGGUGGAUUUUUCAUUUCAAUGUCCAUUUGUUUUUAGGGAGCAGGUGAGCUAUUUAAUUUGUUCCAUGCUUUCAUAGAAUCAGGCUUGUUCACAGUCUAAAAUGUAAUAAUUUCUUGAAAACGUUUUGGGGGAUAAGAUUGAAUUUCUACUGAAAAAACUUGUGGGGUUUUCUCCCUUAAGGGAGAAGGCUGAAGAAAAUGCAGAUAAGACUUCUGUUUGCUCUGUUGUCUUUCUGCAAAGUCAUGCAUAGGUGAAGGUCCUCAAAGGAGGAGAUUAGACCAAGGAGCAGGGUGCCAGCCUGGCCCGCAGGAGCUGGGCAUGGCCGGGUGCUGCAAGGUGCCCACGUGAAGGCAGGCUGAGGGUUGGGGUGCUCUGCCUGCCCCUGCCAGCACCAAAUGAACAAACUCUCCAGUUUUGUGGAGACGUGUGUUCAGUGUGAAAAUGUUUUUCAUCUUGGUCUGAUGAGAAGUGCCUUUUGAAAUGAUGUUGUCAAUUUAGCUUGUUUCUGUUUAAGAUUUAGUAUUUGAUGGUGGUAAUUUCUAAUGUUCCUGGCACAUAGAGAGAAAUGGCUCCCCUGUGCUCCUCGUUGUUUUUCUUUGAAUUUUGAUGGGAUUUGGGUAACUGCUUUCAUCGCUCUGCUACACAGAUGGCUUCAUUUUUGUCGUGUAGGAGUUUCUUGUGCCAGCCAGAGAAAGACUGAACGAUAUUUUAAAUAGAAAACUGAAAAACGUUGGCACAGGGCUCAGGGAUGUUUUGAGUGCUUUUCAGUCUAUCUGAAAUUUACCUUCUUUCAAUUAGCUGGAUUUUUUUUAUAUGCAAUUGUUAAGAUUCAGCUUAAACAACAACAUACACACAGGUCUUGGAACUGCAUGAGGUAUAGAAUAUCAUAUAGCAGUUUUCUUCCAGGAAAAAAAAAUAAUGCAGGGACUCCACAGGCAUUUCUAGGCAAUAGCUGUAAUAUUUGGAGUUGAACACCAAUCAAAAUACAUGAUUCUUGCUAGAUUAUUUUCCUUUUGAGGCCUGAGUGGGAUGCCAUUAGCUAGUUAAUUCUAGCUUUUCCUGCUGCCACCCCCCCCCCCCCCCCUUCUUCUCCUGCCUUAUCCAUAAUGCAAUACAACCCUUUCCCUCUCAUCAGUGCACCAGUGCUCCCUUUGAUCUACUCUGAGAGGCACGCAGCUUUCGUGGUGUUUUGGAGCGCUUUGGAAACAAGGAAAUUUUUUUUUUUUUUUUAAAAACCCCACACUGUAAGAGGAAGUGUAAGUGAAAUGGAUAGCCACUAGAGAGUUAGUCCCUAAACUGUUCUGGGUAUUUGGUUUAAUCUUGAGGUGAGAUGUAGCCAGCUGAUUUCCACUUCUUGAACCGGGGGUCUAGUUUCAAUCCAAAUCCAGUCAACAGGAGAUGCAGAAAAUCUAUGUUGGAGAUGUGGUCUGCAGGGUCAAAGAGGGACAUUUCCCUCUAUUUACUGAGAAUGCCUAGAUGGAAAUACUGCAGCUUCUUGUCUUUAAAAAGCAACAAAACCAAAACAGCUUCCUUUACUCAUGUUUUGUAUUUUAGUUCUACUGGACAUAAAAACUGUGACAGUACCGAGAGCCGCAUAAUCGACACGUUAACACUUCUUUUACAUCCGAUUCUCAAGCUGGCCCUAAAACUGGCUUACUUCAUUAUGUAUCUGGGUAUUUGUAGAAGAAUGUCCUUUACUUGCUCCCUUUGUGAGUCUUUUGAGAUGGAAAGAGACUGCAGGAAAUGGAUGUUGGUGUCCGGGUUGUAAAAUAGAAAGACGUUGUCUUCUUUCCAAGCUGGACAUUAAGAGCAGGAGAGGUUUUUCGGUGCCCAGCAGUUCAGAAUUCUUUCAGCAGCAGCUGCUGCACUGCAGAAUUGAAGCUGGGAAUUAUCUCCUCCUCUUUUCCACCCCACUCCUCCUCCUCCUCCCAGCCUCAGAUUCAGACUGGUUCUGGGGUUAUCUGUGCGAGGCCAGCUGGCUGCUCAGCUGACUGUAGUGCAUCGCUGCCCAGCAGCCUGAGACUGCAGGGUGUUUUUUGGAGAGUUGAGUUUCAAUGGCCACCCUGACUAGCAAGAAGCAAGGACUGCUUAUACGGACAGCUUGUUUUUAUCCUGUGCAGAGUCGGCUUUGUAGUGGGAUGUUGAAAUAUGACACAAUGCCUGUUUGUUUGCAAUAGCUGCAAUCCUCGUAGCAGAGAUUCAAGUGGGAAACAGAGGGGGAAUCCAGAGACAAACCAGCGGGGAAUUAGGAUCUGUGACGCCGUGUCCUCUCUCUGGUGCCGGAGCAAGCAAAGGAAAGAGAGGUAGAGGAAAAGACUGAGCCUUGCAACCAACCAUCAUCCUGACGAUGUGUCAGUCAAACACCCUGCAGGGACCAGAUCUGCACACAGGGAAAUGGUGAGAUGCUAUAAAGCUUUAUCUAACCCUCCACCCUCUUGCUACAACCUCCGCAAAGUUAAAAUUCAUGUCCGGAGGCUGCGUUCAGGGAACGGCAGCAGCAGCAGCUGUGCCGCGGACCAGCACCCACAACUGGAGAGUCCAGGCCCGGCUGGCUCUGCCGGUGGUACACCAAAUAGGAGAACUCGUUUCAGGUUGCAAUUUCCCCAGCUGGCCCUGAGGCGAAGGUUGGGCCAGCUAAGCUGUAUGUCUAGGCCUGCUCUGAAACUCCGUUCUUGGCCUCUGACUAUUCUCUAUUAUCUUCUGCCUUUUGGUGCUCUUAAACCCUUGACCAGAGUGGGAUGGAGGCCUAUGAGCAGGGUUGCUCUGUACAAAUCUGUACCAACUCGACUGCUGUCACGAGCCUGGGGUCGCCUGAACCAGGUGGAGCUGCCUACAUGGCUCCGGAAGCCUGUUUACAGCCUGUACAUCUGGACAUUUGGAGUGAACAUGAAGGAGGCAGCUGUUGAAGAUCUGCAUCACUAUAGAAACCUCAGCGAAUUCUUCCGCAGGAAGCUGAAACCACAAGCGCGGCCAGUCUGCUGUUUGCACAGUGUGAUUAGUCCCUCUGAUGGAAAGAUCCUUAAUUUUGGACAGGUAAAAAACUGUGAAGUGGAGCAAGUAAAAGGGGUAACUUAUUCUCUGGAAUCUUUCUUGGGACCUCGCAUCUGCACAGAGGAACUGCAUUUUACCCAGGCCCCGCCUGGUAACUCUUUUCAGCAACAACUAGUCACAAAGCAGGGGAAUGAGCUCUAUCAUUGUGUAAUCUACCUUGCACCAGGGGAUUAUCACUGCUUCCACUCACCCACUGACUGGAGAGUGUCACACCGACGUCAUUUCCCAGGCUCUCUGAUGUCUGUGAAUCCUGGGGUUGCUCGCUGGAUCAAGGAACUGUUCUGCCACAAUGAACGGGUUGUCCUUACAGGUGACUGGAAACAUGGCUUUUUCUCUUUAACAGCUGUAGGAGCAACAAACGUGGGCUCCAUCCGCAUCUACUUUGACCAGGACUUGCAUACCAACAGUCCAUGUUACUCUAAAGGUUCCUACAAUGACUUCAGCUUCAUCUCUAAUAACAACAAGGAGGGAAUCCCCAUGAGGAAAGGAGAACAUUUAGGGGAAUUUAACUUGGGCUCUACGAUCGUACUAAUCUUUGAGGCACCCAAGGACUUCAAAUUCCACCUCAAAGCCGGACAGAAAAUCCGCUUUGGAGAAGCGCUGGGCUCUCUAUAGAAAAUCUCUCAGCAAGAAAAUUUUCUAUCCAAAGGGACUCUUACCACACCACUGAGUGUUUCACAUAACAAGUCUGUAUCACUCAGCAGGACCUGGGUGAGGAAAACAGAAGAUGUCAUUGCUAUGUUAAACUUGAGAAUAUUUGGUCUAUAUUUACAUGCUGCUGAAUGCAGAGAAAAUUUUGAAUGACCAUAUAUGUAUCAGGUACAGUUGCCUUUAAAGAUGUUGACUGUGGAGGUUUCUGUCCCACCCUGUGCCUGUAGUCUUUCAUGUUCUCCUCUCAAUGUGCCACAGGAUAAUUAUGUUCUUUGAGCCUCUAAGUCCCUUUUAAGCCUUCCUAGGCUGUGCAGGUGCAAUGGGAAUGGUGGAGGUAGAGAUUAGCUGUAUUUAAAGGGACACUGACAGGUUGAGUCAGACCUUGUACCUUAUCUCUGCAAUAUUUGUUUUUCAGACCUUGAGUAAAGAAUGUGUUCCCAUAUUUAUUUUAUUCUAAGACACUCUGCUUAAGUUUUUAUGUAAAGGCAGCCUGUGAAUGCAUAGAGCGCCAAAUAGUUAAAUGGGCUAGUGUGGCUUCACAGGCCAAACUAAGCAAAAUGUACAACAGACAGCACCAGUACAAUGAAUUACACUCCUAAAGGUUUUCUGCUGUUAGACGACUUUCAUUCUUCUACCUGACAUUGUCCCUUUAAAAAUGGGCUUUGCACUGUAUUUUAAACCUGAAAACACUGUCUACAUUCCAUAUGAUGAAACUGGUCAUUUUGGGAUUUUCCUUUAAAAAAAAAAAUUAGCAGACAAAGCUGUGUGUCCUAUUCCAUGGUUUGUUUGUAUGAGAGACAGUUAACUUCACCUCUCGGAUUAAGGGGUGGAAGACAUGGGGGCGUAUCUUUCCCAUGUGAUGCAAUGAGAUGGCAGUCAAAAUAGGCUUUUACAUUCUGCUGUGUAUCUUCAUUGUUGCUUUGUCACUAAAUCCUUGAAGAAUUAAUUCCUCUACUUACAGAACAGUUUCAGGUACUUCAGGACCAAUUUUUAUUGCACGGAGUGAAAUGCCCUAUGCACUGACUGUGUAUAAAAAUAUUAUGGAUCUUUGAAGCAAUCCCAGGUUGCCUCCUCUAAUGGACUGGCAACAAUUUCAUCUUAUUCAAAAUAUAAAAAAACCCCACACCUGCUCUGACUUCUGCCCUCAUACCUACCACUAGGAAUGUGCUGGGAGCUGAAAGCUCUAUGCUGAAGCUUCAUCCUACAGCUAACUGCUACUUCAUGUCAAGAAGAGUUAAAAGUCUUAACACCCUGGGUCUGCUGAAUGUGGCACGAUAUGGCACUGACAGAAACUGGUGCCAAAGUGGAGGAAUUGAGUUUUACAGCAAUGUAUCAAUUGUUUUUAGAGAAUAAACUGUUUCAAGUCCAGGCAUUCAAACAUUUAGAACUGACUUUGCUGUCCAGAGCUUGUUGAAGCAGAUGUGCUUAUAAACCUUGCCUUUCUGCUCUCUGAAAGAUUUCUCAUAUUACUUCCCUGCUUGAGCCUUGGGUGUUUUUUCUGCGACUUAAGGGAGAUGGUAGGCUUUGACCAGCUCUGAUUUCCUGAAGAAAAACUUACCUUCUCUGUAGGCACUGCAGAAAAUAGAUUAUUGUUUUGUUGUACCAAUGUCCAGUUUGCCAAGUCCUAUAUGCUUAGCUUGUCAUCAGGAAAGAAGGGAUGAUAAACCACCUCUAAGUGAUGUAGCCCAGCCAUGACACUCAUGAUGGUGGCUGUUUGGGUGACAAGCAGGAGAAAAUUCAUUUGGCUCCGAGAGCCAAUGUUUCCUCACUUUACAUAGGGAGGAGUUUGAAAGCUUGAAGUGGCUGUCAGCCACCUAUCUUGUUAAACUUCUUGGCAUUAGCAAGUUACUCCUGCAGCAGUAUAUUACCAUAUACAGGUUAUAGAAGUGUGCACUUUUAUUAAACCAUUGAGAGUGAGAAAAGACUAAGGCAAACAUCAACCCCAAGAAGAUAAAGCUAUGACCAGUUCUUUUGGCUAAACUUCACUGUCAUGUUAACAGUAGAAAGAAGAUUUGUUCCAGUGCAUGAAAGACAACUGAAUCUUUCCCCACUUUUCCACUGGGGCCUAUGACAUCCAGACACAGCCAAAGCAACUUUAAGCUUUAAUUUCUUUCUACUCAGCAUCAUCAUCCACAGUAUCUGAAGGUUACUGUUAGCCUAGUAAUGGAGUGUGGGUUACCUGAUGUUUGUUUUAUUAGAAAUCUAAGAAGGAGGAGAGGAUUCAGCAUGCCAGCAGCUGUUUUUGUGAUGGUCUUAAUACUGUGCAGAGCUAGCUGAUUAACAAACAUUACUUGUUAUGCAGUGGCCAGCAACACACCCUGGAAGUGAAAGCAAAGUUCCUAGAGGGUACUGAUAAUGCUGUGAAUUUCUCCUGCAUGGAGAAUCCAUUUAAUUCUUCAACUGUAUCAGUAGCACGGUAUUUUUGUAUGUCAAAGUGUAUGACUUACUGACACUAACUCAUUUAAUUGCAAACAUUUUGAAAUAAAGAGUCUUAUCAGUGUU